GACCUUGAACGCUCACCACAGGAGCCAGCGCUCGGGUUGCCUGUGCUGUGUGCGUGCCGCGUGUGGGGUUGGGGGUUGGUGCUGGGGCCCUGGGACUUGGUUUCCUCAUGUGUCUAAGGGCAGUGAAAGCCCUUUCCUUGCAGUGUUAGUGUGAGGAUAGGGGUAACAGCGGGCUCCCUGCACAGUGCUCGGCCUGUAGCGGGUGUUUGAAGCGAGAGCUGCUGAUGGAGCCUCACCAGGAGAGAAGCAGUUCUCAAGCUGGAAGCUCCGCUUUCAUCUCCUCUUGGAAUACCUGUCAAUAUUUGAUGAAUGUUUGCUAAAAGGAGUAAGUCUUGGGGAAAACUCCGUGUGAAUUUGUUCAGAUCCCUCUCUGGCGGUGUGCACGAGGGGCUGUUGGGCCUCUGAAGGGCUUUGCUUUUUUCUCUGAGGGAGAAGAGAUGCCGCAGGAGGGUUUUGAGCAGCGAGGUGGUGGAACAGGACUUAACCUUUUACAAGGAUCACUCUGGUUACUGGGUUGAAAAGACUAGAAAGGCAAGGAGCAGGGCAUUCUUGGACAGGUGUGGUCGUGGUUUAGGCACAGAAUGGCUGUGGUUUGGGUCAGGGUGUCAGUGGUGCCGCUCGCUGUAGUGGUGAGAUUCUGGAUAGACCGUUAAGGUGGGAUGGAUGUGCGGAGUUUGCUGAAGGACUGGGAGGUGGGUGUGAGCAAAAGAACAGAGUCGGAAGUUUUGACCUGAGCCAAUGGGAGGGUAAAGUUUCCUGUUUGACCAGGAUGUAGUGGCAGCAGGUUUGGGAGGGGCCUCGGGCAGAGUUUUGUGCUUGUGCCGCCUGAUCCCGACAUCCAGGACAAUGACCAGGAACUCGUGUGUUGGAAGAGACCACUCUCACCUCCGAGGUGCGGACCUCUUCUCUGUCUGCGCCGGGCUCUGGGGUUCCCAUCUGGUUUCUCGGCGUCCUGUGUCGUCUCUGUGCCACCAGUGUGCUCACGUGGACCCCGCCAGCCUCCAUCUGCCUCCUUGACUCAGACUCCUCCCUCCAGCUGGUGAAACCAAGUUCCCUGGGCUCUCUGCAGAGGAGGGUUCCUCUGUCCCGAUCCAGGUCCUGGCCCAGAUGAGAUGCUCAGACUCUCAGCGUUCUCAUCUCUCCUCCUUCACCAUGAAGCUGAAGGACAAAUUCCACUCGCCCAAAAUCAAGAGAACGCCAUCAAAGAAGGGAAAACCAGCCGAGGUGUCUGUGAAAAAUCCAGAGAAGCCUGUGAGCAAAGAGGCAACAGACAGAUUUCUACCAGAGGGCUACCCUCUCCCCUUGGAUCUGGAGCAGCAGGCAGUAGAAUUUAUGUCCACCAGUGCUGUGGCUUCCAGGUCUCAGAGGCAGAAGAACCUGAGCUGGCUGGAAGAGAAAGAGAAGGAAGUUGUUAGUGCCUUGCGCUACUUUAAGACCAUUGUGGACAAAAUGGCUAUUGAUAAGAAGGUCCUGGAGAUGCUUCCAGGGUCAGCCAGCAAGGUGCUGGAGGCCAUCUUACCGCUGGUGCAGAACGAUCCUCGAACUCAGCACAGCUCAGCCCUCUCCUCCUGCCAUAGCCGAGUGUACCAAAGUCUCGCCAAUCUCAUCCGUUGGUCUGACCAAGUGAUGCUAGAAGGUGUGAACUCAGAAGAUAAAGAGGCGGUGACAACCGUGAAGGGGGUCAUCAAGGCUGUGCUGGAUGGAGUGAAGGAGCUGGUCAGACUUACCAUCGAGAAGCAGGGGCAUCCGUCUCCAACCAGCCCAGUGAAACCCAGUUCCCCAGCCUGCAAACCCGAUGGCCAGUCCGAGCUCCCCCUGACAGAUCGAGAGAUGGAGAUCCUAAACAAGACAACCGGCCUGUCCCAGUCGCCCGAGCUUCUCCCCGACUCUAUGGAUGAGGAGGUCGCACCCCCCAAGCCCCCGUUACCUGGCAUUCGGGUGGUUGAUAACAGUCCUCCACCGGCACUGCCGCCGAAGAAAAGACAGUCUGCUCCAUCCCCAACCCGAGUGGCUGUCGUUGCGCCCAUGAGUCGAGCCACCAGCGGCUCCAGUUUGCCUGUUGGAAUUAAUAGGCAGGAUUUUGACGUGGACUGUUACACACAGAGGCGACUCUCAGGAGGCAGCCACUCGUACGGCGGGGAGUCGCCCCGCCUGUCCCCCUGCAGCAGCAUAGGCAAGCUCAGCAAGUCGGACGAGCAGCUGUCCUCUCUGGACAGGGACAGUGGCCAGUGCUCCCGGAACACAAGCUGUGAAACACUAGAUCACUACGAUCCGGACUAUGAGUUCCUUCAGCAAGACCUCUCUAACGCAGACCAGAUACCUCAGCAAGUGGCCUGUAACCUUAGCCCGUUGCCGGAGUCCUUGGGAGAGUCUGGGUCUCCGUUUCCUGGCCAUCCUUUCCAGUUGCCUCCAGCACCUCCGGAGGGGCCAUCAGCCGCGGGACAGCAGAUGGACAUGCCGCCCGCCCUCCCCGAGAAGAAGCGCAGGAGUGCGGCCUCUCAGACCACGGACAGUUCUGGCUGCCGAGCGUCCUACGAGCGGCACCCCUCCCAGUAUGACAACAUCUCCGAGGACGACCUGCCGAACCCAGCCUCGGUCCCGUCCAUCCCCUUCACGCCCUUUGCUGCUAUUCUCCCCUUUCAGCAAGGAGGGUCCUCAGCCUCUGUCGAAUUUGUGGGUGAUUUCACUGUUCCUGAGUCAACAGGUGACCCGGAAAAACCGCCUCCUCUACCAGAGAAGAAAAACAAACACAUGCUGGCCUACAUGCAGCUGCUGGAGGACUACUCGGAGCCGCAACCGUCCAUGUUCUACCAGACGCCGCAGAACGAGCACAUCUACCAGCAGAAGAACAAGCUCCUCAUGGAGGUGUACGGCUUCAACGACUCGUUCAGCACCGAGGCCCCGCAGGAGCUGGCGCCGCCCCCCGCGCUGCCCCCCAAGCAGCGGCAGCUGGAAUCACCAGCUAUGAAAGACGGCCAUCCCAGAGAUCCCUCGUCGGCCAGCAGCGCAGCGGGGAAGGAGAGCAGAGACGGCGACAGGGCCUCCAGGUCACCGGAUGGUUCAGAGUUGGCGCGGUCGGAGGAGGAAGUGGACGAGCUGUCCCUCAUCGACCACAGCGAGAUCAUGUCCAGGCUGACGCUCAAGCAAGAGGGUGACGACGGGCCAGAUGUCCGUGGCGGGUCUGGAGAUAUCCUACUGGUGCAUGCUACUGAGACAGACAGGAAAGAUUUGGUCCUGUACUGUGAGGCCUUCUUGACCACCUACAGGACCUUCAUCACCCCGGAGGAGCUCAUCAAGAAGCUGCAGUACAGGUACGAGAAGUUCUCUCCCUUUGCCGACACAUUCAAGAAGCGUGUCAGCAAGAACACGUUCUUCGUGCUGGUGCGGGUGGUGGACGAGCUCUGCCUUGUGGAGUUGACAGAAGAGAUCUUGAAGCUGCUGAUGGAGCUGGUCUUCCGCUUGGUGUGCAGCGGGGAGCUCAGCCUGGCCCGUGUGCUCCGGAAGAACAUCCUGGACAAGGUGGACCAGAAGAAGCUGCUCAGGUGUGCCAACUCCGACCAGCCCCUGGCAGCCCGGGGUGUAGCCGCCAGGCCAGGGACUUUGCAUGACUUUCACAGCCAUGAAAUAGCCGAGCAGCUGACCCUGCUGGAUGCUGAGCUCUUUUAUAAAAUAGAGAUUCCUGAGGUUUUGCUUUGGGCAAAAGAGCAGAAUGAGGAGAAGAGCCCGAACUUGACCCAGUUCACGGAGCACUUCAACAACAUGUCCUACUGGGUCCGGUCAAUAAUCAUGUUACAAGAAAAAGCCCAGGACCGGGAGCGGCUGCUGUUGAAGUUCAUCAAGAUCAUGAAGCACUUACGGAAGCUGAACAACUUUAACUCCUACCUGGCCAUCCUCUCGGCACUGGACUCGGCUCCCAUCCGCAGGCUGGAGUGGCAGAAGCAGACCUCAGAGGGCCUGGCUGAGUACUGCACACUGAUCGACAGCUCGUCCUCCUUCCGCGCCUACCGGGCUGCCCUCUCCGAGGUGGAGCCCCCGUGCAUCCCCUACCUGGGGCUUAUCCUGCAGGACCUCACCUUUGUUCACUUGGGCAACCCAGACUAUAUUGACGGGAAGGUGAAUUUUUCCAAACGGUGGCAGCAGUUCAACAUUCUGGACAGCAUGCGGUGCUUCCAGCAGGCGCACUAUGAUAUCCGAAGAAAUGAUGACAUCAUAAACUUCUUCAAUGACUUCAGCGACCACUUGGCGGAGGAGGCCCUGUGGGAACUCUCUCUGAAAAUCAAACCUAGGAACAUCGCGAGGAGAAAAACAGACCGGGAGGAGAAGACCUAGGAGCAGGUGCCGUGAGCAAGGAGAGCGCUCGAAGAGAGGCUCUGAGGGCUGCCGCGACCGGGCGGGACUUUGGACCUGGCCCCGGGCAGGCUGCACGUGUCCGGCCCCAGGGCUCAGCCAGCCCUCUGCUGUGCCGGGCAGGAGCCCCAGCCUUCCUGCUCCCCUUCCCCACGGGAGCGGACGCCGUGCCCCCCGUGGAGCCAGCAGGCAGGUCUCGUUGCUGAUUUGUGAGCCCGUGGUUUGGUUUCGGUUCCGGUCUCUGCGCUCACUUCCCUAUUCCUCCCCUCCCCACCCUCGCCGGGGAGCCGCACAGGGAGAGCGGCAGACCAAGGCACACUGGGACUCUCUUCACCCUUCCCUUAAGUUUGAGGGUCCUGAAUCUGCUGAAAUGACAAAUGAGUGGACGCUGAGAGGUGGGGGGCUGUACCCCAGGGACUUUCAGUUGGGUCGGCAGAAAGCAGAGAAGACCCGGGAGGCUCCUUUUACUUUCCUUUCCCGGCUUCUUAAAUGCAAGGUGGUGUGAGCUUUUGACGUGGCCCAGAAAGGUUCACCAGGUGGCCUUUCAGUAGCGCUGGGCUGGGGCUCCCGUCAUGGUACUGGCCCUCAGAACCGUCCUCUUCCCGUCCCUUCAUCUCCCCGACCACCUGGCACUUGGGGAGCCGGGAAGAAGAUGGAGCAAGGGAGGGUGGAGGUUCAGCUGAGCGGGGGCCAGGAAGUCCUCCUGGGUGAAUGAAGUUGGAGAGUGGAGGGGCGUUUCUGUCCUGGGGAAGGUCAAGGUCCCUCCUCUGUCGCUUGCUGUGUGCCUUAAACUCCAUCUCCUGUCCCCUAGUCCCCGUGGGCUCCCCUCCUACCUUGCUCCAUCCUGGUGGGGCCAAAGGGUGCCUCUCCGACCUCUCCCCCAGUGCGCAGCGAGCUCUGCCCGGUUUAGGACAGGGCGCCCCGCCCCAGAGGGGGGCUGCCGUGGCUCUGGAGGCGCCUGCUGAGGCUGACUGGCCGGCUCCUGCCCCCUGCCCCGGGGCCUGCUCACUCUCCCCAUCUUCCUGGUUGGAAACCACGCUCGCUGGUGAGGUGGACUGUCGGAGGCAGGUCCGCAGGGCGGUCCCCGAACACAGAGGGACCACUGUCCCCCUGCCCCUUGGGUCCUGGUUUGCUGACUGAGCGCUUGCUUCUCCUGGCCUUUACUUGGUCAAGCAAAUGCCAGGGUCGAACUUCUUAAACAACCAUGUCACUUUGAGUCUUUCCUGGGUUCUGAGCAGCUUUCUCCGCUCUUGUUUGGGGUCCUGGACCUAGAGGGGAGAACGUGUGAAAUGCCAGUGGCGCCCCCUCGGGCAGUGGUCUGGCUGCACGGGCCGAACGUGUCACUUUCUUAUUUAAAGCAUGUGGUCGCUGUUCUUCAGCAGUGCAGGGCCAGGAGGCCCCUCACUGGGGUCGCGUCCUCCCCCUUCCCGUCUUGCCCCUGCCCGGCCCAGCGCCGCCAGAGGCUGCUGCGUGCGGGGGGCCGCCCCAGCCCAAAUACUCAUGCGGGGUCUUCACCUUACACGCCCGUCCGCGGAUGGGGAUGGGGGCUUUACCUUCCGUCCCCUCCCCUCUGGGAGCCCUGCCAGGCAGAGGGAGGCAGUGUGGGGGACAGGGGUCCCUGCGUGAGGACCACAGGGGCCAUGUGCGUUUAACUUACUGGCUGGCAGGCUUCCCACCCUGUGCUAGCCACGCAUCCGGGCUCUGAUCGGUCUUGGGGACCAGGACCCGGUGUUACCUGCGGGGGGGGGGGGGGGGGCU